GUCGCCAUCAACAAGGACUCGUGGUGCGACAACUACCAGUCCAACGCCCCCUCCGUCUCCGUGACCUACAACAAGGCCGGUCUUAACCCCAUCAAGGUCGCCUCCAACAAGUCCAUCAUCGGAUCCGGCUCCAAGGGUGUCAUUGUCGGCAAGGGUUUGAGAAUCGCCGGUGCCAAGAACGUCAUCAUCCAGAACAUCAAGAUUGAGAACAUCAACCCCAAGUACGUCUGGGGUGGUGAUGCCAUCACUCUCGACACCACCGACAACGUCUGGAUCGACCACGUCACCACCUCCAAGAUUGGCCGCCAGCACCUCGUUCUCGGCACCGCUGCCUCCGGCAAGGUGACCGUCUCCAACUGCGAGUUCGAUGGCCAGAGCGACUACUCCGCCACCUGCGACGGCUACCACUACUGGGUCAACUACUUCGCCGGCUCCAGCGACACCAUCACCUACAUGAACAACUACAUCCACCACUUCUCUGGCCGUGCCCCCAAGGUCAACGGAAACUCUUUCGUCCACGCCCUGAACAACUACUGGUCCGAGUCCACCGGCCACGGCUUCGAGGUCACCUCCGGCGGCUAUGUCCUCGCUGAGGGCAACGUCUUCAGCAACGUCGAGACCGUCAUUGAGGCCGGCGGCGGCGGUGCCACCCUCGCCAUCACCUCCUCCAACGCUGCGGACUGCUCAUCCAAGAUGGGCCGCUCUUGCCAGGCCAACAGCUUCUCCAGCUCCGGCACCUUCACCGGCGCCGACACCAGCGUCCUCAACAAGUUUGGCAGCGCCGAUAUCCCCGAUGCCGUCGCCGCCUCUUCCGUCUCCAGCAGCAGCGCUGGCUACGGCAAGAUCUAA